AAUGACGCCAUUAUUAUUUUACGUAUAUGAUAAAUAAAGAAAUAUAAAAAGAGAGAAAACAAAUAGUGAGUGAUAGUGAUUACGAAGGUACAGCCAAAAUUUGAAUAUUUAAUGGUUACCAGCAGAUAAGAAGAACUUUGCUUCAAAGCGGCAAAGCUUAAGCUUUUUCUCGCGCCCGCCAUUAUCAAACCUCUCUCUCUCUCUUCUCAACCAAAAUUUCCCGAUGUGAAGUACAAGUUUCUGAUUAACUCAAACCACCGUCACACUUCCUCACUCCGGCCAAAUAAUCUCACCGACAUGGCUCCCUCGUCAAGGAAUUUCAACUUCUUUCCCCACUUGUCCUCCUUCCUCGUCUUCUCUCUGUUCUCCGUCGUUUCUUCCGACGAUCUCCAAGUCUUGCUCAAACUCAAAUCAUCAUUCGCCGAUUCGAAUCUCGCCGUCUUCGAUUCCUGGAUGCUGAACUCCCGUACCGGUCCAUGUAGCUUCACCGGAGUAACCUGCAAUUCUAGAGGCAACGUUACAGAGAUUGAUCUCUCUCGUCAAGGUUUAUCUGGGAAUUUUCCAUUCGAUUUGGUUUGCGAAAUUCAGAGUCUCGAGAAACUCUCUCUUGGAUUCAAUUCACUGUCUGGAAUAAUUCCCAGUAAUAUGAGAAACUGCACGAAUUUGAAGUAUUUGGAUCUCGGGAACAAUUUGUUCUCUGGUACUUUCCCUGACUUCUCUUCUCUGAAUCAGUUACAGUACCUGUAUCUCAACAACAGCGCAUUUUCCGGCGUCUUUCCGUGGAAAUCACUUCGAAACGCGACGAGUCUCGUCGUUUUGAGCCUAGGCGAUAAUCCGUUUGAUGCGACAGCUGAUUUUCCGGUGGAGGUUGUUUCUCUGAAGAAACUCUCGUGGCUUUACUUGUCGAAUUGCAGUAUAGCCGGCAAAAUUCCAGCGGCGAUCGGAGAUUUGACGGAGCUUCGGAAUUUGGAGAUUGCCGAUAGCAGUUUAACCGGAGAGAUUCCGUCGGAGAUCUCGAAACUCACCAAUCUUUGGCAGUUAGAGCUUUACAACAACUCCUUGACCGGAAAACUUCCUACCGGAUUCGGAAACCUGAAGAAUCUGACUUACUUGGAUGCUUCAACAAAUCUUCUACAAGGCGAUUUAUCGGAGCUCAGGUCUCUGACUAAUCUCGUUUCACUACAAAUGUUCGAAAACGAAUUCUCCGGUGAGAUUCCGAUGGAGUUUGGCGAAUUCAAGGAUCUCGUGAAUCUCUCUCUGUAUACCAACAAGUUAACCGGUUCUCUGCCUCAAGGACUCGGUUCACUUGCCGAUUUUGAUUUCAUCGACGCAUCAGAGAAUCUCUUAACCGGACCUAUCCCUCCAGAUAUGUGCAAGAACGGGAAGAUGAAAGCUCUGCUUCUCCUGCAAAACAAUCUCACUGGCUCCAUCCCUGACUCGUACGCUAGCUGUUUGACUCUGGAACGGUUCAGAGUAAGCGAGAACUCGCUUAACGGAACUGUUCCCGCGGGACUUUGGGGCUUACCGAAGCUCGAGAUCAUCGAUAUAGAGAUGAAUAACUUCGAAGGUCCGAUCACUGCCGAUAUAAAGAACGGUAAAAUGCUCGGAGCAUUGUAUCUAGGGUUCAACAAGUUGUCUGAUGAGCUGCCGGAGGAGAUAGGUGACACUAAAUCUUUGACUAAGGUUGAGCUUAACAAUAACCGGUUUACCGGGAAGAUUCCGAGCUCCAUUGGGAAACUGAAGGGACUUAGCAGUCUGAAGAUGCAGAGCAAUGACUUCUCUGGUGAGAUACCGGACUCGAUUGGAUCAUGCUCGAUGCUCAGCGAUGUAAACAUGGCUCAAAACUCGCUAUCCGGUGAAAUCCCGCACACGCUUGGAUCUCUUCCGACGCUCAACGCUUUGAAUCUUUCAGACAAUAAGCUCACCGGGAGAAUCCCAGAGAGUUUGUCGUCUCUAAGGCUUAGCCUUCUUGAUCUGUCUAACAACAGAUUAUCCGGUCGUAUCCCUCUGAGUUUGUCAUCAUAUAAUGGUAGCUUCAAUGGCAAUCCUGGACUCUGUAGCAUGACGAUCAAAUCGUUUAACCGGUGCAUAAAUCCUUCGAGAUCGCAUGGAGACACUCGCGUAUUCGUGCUGUGUAUAGUUUUCGGGUCACUGAUCUUGCUUGCGUCUCUUGUGUUUUUCUUGUACCUGAAGAAAACAGAGAAGAAGGAAGGCCGUUCGCUUAAACACGAGUCUUGGAGUAUAAAGUCAUUCCGAAAGAUGAGUUUCACUGAAGAUGAUAUCAUCGAUUCAAUCAAAGAAGAGAAUUUGAUCGGUAGAGGAGGUUGUGGCGAUGUGUACAGAGUAGUACUUGGUGAUGGUAAAGAAGUUGCGGUCAAACACAUCCGGUGUAGUAGUACUCAGAAAAAUUUCAGCAGUGCAAUGCCGAUUCUCACUGAACGGGAAGGAAGAUCGAAGGAGUUUGAAACAGAGGUGCAAACGCUUAGCUCAAUACGACACUUAAAUGUGGUAAAACUCUAUUGUAGCAUCACGAGCGAUGACUCAAGCUUGCUGGUGUACGAGUACUUGCCUAAUGGAAGCUUAUGGGACAUGCUUCACUCUUGCAAGAAAUCGAAUCUCGGUUGGGAAACACGGUAUGAUAUAGCUCUUGGUGCAGCGAAAGGGCUUGAGUACUUGCAUCAUGGGUAUGAGAGACCGGUAAUUCACCGUGAUGUUAAAUCAAGCAACAUAUUGCUAGAUGAGUACUUGAAACCUAGGAUUGCGGAUUUUGGUCUUGCCAAGAUUCUUCAGGCCAGCAAUGGCGGUCCAGAUUCCACCCAUGUCGUUGCGGGAACCUAUGGCUACAUAGCUCCAGAGUAUGGAUAUGCGUCAAAAGUGACUGAGAAAUGCGAUGUAUAUAGCUUCGGGGUCGUGUUGAUGGAGCUGGUCACAGGGAAAAAACCGAUAGAGGCAGAGUUUGGAGAGAGCAAAGACAUAGUGAAUUGGGUGAGCAACAAUCUGAAGAGCAAAGAGAGUGUGAUGGAGAUUGUGGACAAGAAGAUAGGAGAAAUGUAUAGAGAAGAUGCAAUCAAGAUACUGAGGAUUGCAAUCCUCUGCACGGCGAGACUUCCUGGACUAAGACCGACGAUGAGGAGCGUGGUUCAAAUGAUCGAGGACGCGGAACCAUGCAGAUUGAUGGGGAUUGUGAUCAGCAAAGAGAGUGAUGUGAAGAUCAAAGAAAUAAGUUGAUGAUUGAGGGACCAAAGUCACUCUUUUGGGGUCUAUUUUGGUAACUAAGAAACUUAGAGAGAGACUAAUGUGGAUCAUCUAAAUCUAUUAAGACGUAAGAGUUUAGAUGGAGAAUGUGAUUCUAGUACUACUUCUGGUUAUGAAAUCAUAGGUAUUGUAAUGAUCUCAUGUAAACUAUUUUCUUGUAAUUGUAGAAUUUUAAGGUUUUCAAAUUAGUUAAUGAAGAAGGUCAACUACUCUGUUAAA